UUGCUGUGUUACGCUUUUGUGUUCUUACGACAAUGAGCUCUGGUUCUGAUUCCCUGGUUCGUCUUAAUAUUGGAGGCAAGAAAUUCUGUACUACAGUUGACACAUUGACUCAACGUGAUCCUGAUUCAAUGCUGGCAACGAUGUUCAGUGGCCGCCAGACGAUGCUUCAAGAUCCUGAAAAGGGGUUUGCCUUUGUUGAUAGGGAUGGGAAGCAUUUUCGGCAUAUUCUCAAUUGGUUGAGGGAUGGUGUUGUUCCCACACUUAAAGAUUCAGAAUAUCCAGAGCUUCUGCGUGAAGCAGAAUAUUAUCAACUACUUGGAUUAGUUACGGAAAUCCAUGCAGUUUUAAAUGGGAGGAAGGAUGAUGAUGCCAAUAUUAAAACUGAAGUGUCUGAAUUGACUCGCACAGAUAUCAUCAAAUGUAUACAAUUUGAGAGAGUCAGAUUUAGAGGGGUGAAUCUUUCUGGCCUUGAUCUUUCUAAACUGGAUCUUUCAUUUGUUGACUUCAGCUCUGCAUGCCUCCGAAAUGUGUUCUUCUCACGUGCGAACCUUCACUCUGCAAAAUUUCGGGAUGUGGAGGCUGAGGGAUCCAAUUUCCACAAUGCAAAUUUGCGUGAGUGUGAAUUUAUGGGUGCAAACCUUCGUGGUGCUUUAUUAGCUGGUGCAAAUCUCCAGAGUGCAAAUUUACAGGAUGCCUGUUUGAAAGACUGUAGCUUCUGUGGGGCAGACCUCCGGUCAGCACACCUUCAGACUGCUGAUCUUACCAAUGCUAAUUUAGAAGGGGCAAAUCUGGAAGGAGCCAAUUUAAAGGGAGCAAAGUUGAGUGGUGCUAAUAUGCAAAGUGCAAAUCUUCAGAGGGCUUACUUAAGGCAUGUUGAUCUACGUGAUACUCAUUUGUUGGGGGCAAAGCUUGAUGGUGCAAAUUUGCUUGGGGCAAUACGGUGAUGAUGACGUAAACCUUGUAGAUACAAACAGAUAAAGUUUCCCCAUGUAUGUGUAUCCUGGUAUUAUUCUUAGAUUUCUUAUUUCUUUGUCUGUGGAGACUCUGCUAAUACCUAGAGAAAGGAAAAAAAAUGGAAUGGGGGAUUGUGAGAUAUUGUAAAGCCAAUCCUAGCAUGGAGAAGUUACUCCAAUU